AAUAUACAGGAUGAUAAGGAAAUUGAAGACGAAACCUUCACCUAUCUGUUCUCAGGUUCCCAUAAAUGUAACCAUUGAUCAACUCGUGCCUCCUAUUGCAGAUGAAGGAGCUACUGGCCCAGACAUUGCUGGUAUUGCAGGAAGCCAUCAUAAUGCUGAUGCUGCAACCUCAAACUACAGUGUGACUAUACCAACACCAGGUGUUGUUUUGGACACCGACGAUCCAGAACCAUAUCAGAUGGAAGCAACUGAUAUGGCAACUGACGACCCCCUAGGCCCUGUUCUUUUCCAUCCUUGCACUCAAAACGAGCCCAUCCAGCGUCCAUCAAUUGUUCCUAGACCACAACGCCUUACCAAAUGCCCAGCCAUGUACGUGUCACCUUUUAAAGGUGAUCCACAACGAGCAAAAGUUCCUAUGUCAAAAGCACUCGCUGUAAUGAAGAAGUUCCAUCCCUCGCCUGAAAGUGUUUAA